CGGAGGCGGCCCACCCUCCACACCACUCCUCCAGCAGAGAGAGGGAAGACACCGGGCUAGGAGAGAGACAGAGAGAGAGUAAGAGAGAGAGAGAGGAACAAAACAAGACACACUCAACCUAAGAGACGGGACCAUCCUGUGAUAGUCUAAACACGUCUGAGAACACACUGAAGCCUGCCUCCAGGAACAUCAUGAAAGGGCUCGUGUUCCUGCACACAGCCUUGCUCACAGCCAUACUUCUCUUCUGCCCCAAGUUCCACUGCCUGGUGCUCACCCCUAGCGACAGCCAGGUUGUCGUGGCAGCCGGGUCGUCUCUCACUAUCAGCUGUUCUGGCUCAGGAUUGGCUACUUGGAGGUUUCGUCGCCAGGAGGAUGUUCCUCUUUUCCGGGUGGAACAGAGGAACAGUUCUGCGGUUCUGAUCCUGGAGAACGUGACAUGGGAACACACAGGGGUGUACGUGUGUUUGACGCAGGCUGAGGAAACCGAGGAGGUGGCAGUGUUUGUUCCAGACCCUGUGGUGUGGUUCAUAGAGAACCCCCAUGGCAUGGUGACCAAGACCAGCGAGCUGGGCAUCAUCCCAUGCCUGGUGACGGACCCCCGCAUCAACGUGACCCUGUAUGAGAGGGACAGUGGAGCGGCCCUGCAGGGUCACUUCCUCCCCACACAGGGCUUCCAGGCUGCCCUGGAGGACCGCACCUACGUGUGUCGAGGGGAGCUGGACGGCCAGGAGAAGGAGUCCCAGGCCUUCUACGUCUUUAGUAUCGUCGUCCCGGAGGCCAUAGACGCCUACAUUAAUGCGUCCAAGACGGUGCUGAAGAAGGGCGAGCCCCUCACCGUCAACUGCACCGUCCACGGAGUGGAGCUGGUCUACUUCUCCUGGGAUCACCCCAGCAGGGAGGUGACCUCCAUCGAGCCCCUGACGGACGUGCUGUCGCCCGUGAGCAUGCGCUCCUGCCUGUUCAUCCCCAGGGCCUUGCUGGCCCACGGCGGCCCCUACGUGUGCCACGUCCACGAGGGCGUGCAGGACCAGAGCGCCACGGCCACCGUCAACAUCACCGUCCUGGAACGAGGCUUUGUGGAAGCGCGCCCCGCUCAGGAGCACAACGUCUCAGCCCGGUGGCACGAGAACGUGGAGCUGAGGGUGGAGAUCGAAGCCUACCCUCCGCCCCGCUUCCGCUGGAGCAAAGACGGCGCUUCCAUCGCCGGAGACAACACCAUCGCCACGCGCCAGGAGAAGGAAACCAGGUACGUCACCGUGUUGACGCUAGUCAGGGUCAGGGUGGACCAGAAAGGCCUCUACACUCUCCUUGUCACCAACGGAGAUGACACCAAGGAGGUGACCUUUGAUUUGGAGGUCAAAGUUCCGGCUCAGAUCUCCGACCUGUCAGACCACCACCUCCCUGAGAAGAAGCACGCGGUGACGUGUGUCGCCGAGGGAGUCCCCACCCCCUCCAUCCUCUGGUACAGCUGUGACAGCAUGCUCAAGUGCAGUAACCGGACCACCACCUGGAAGCCCCUGCUGCCUGACCCAGAAACACUGAGCGUUCAGACCAACGCCUCCUUCAACGAGAGCCGUAAGGUGGGCCAGGUGCGCAGCCAGGUCACCUUCCACAAGCCCCAGCAGUGGACCCUGCGCUGCGAGGCCCGCAACGAGGGGGGGGUCCGACGGAGAGACGUCAAACUGGUCUCCAACGCUCUGUUCUCCCAGGUGGCAGUGCUGGCGGCCGUCCUAGCCCUGGUGGCCAUCAUCAUCAUCUCCAUCAUCAUCCUCAUCGCUGUGUGGAGGAAGGGAUUUCCCCAGAAGCCCCGCUAUGAGAUCAGGUGGAAGGUUAUUGAGUCUGUGAGCGUGGACGGUCAUGAGUACAUCUACGUGGACCCCAUCCACCUGCCCUACGACCACGGCUGGGAGAUGCCCCGCGACAGCCUGGUGCUGGGUCGUACCCUAGGAUCGGGAGCGUUUGGACGGGUCGUCGAGGCGACCGCGUACGGCCUGAGUCACGCCCAGUCCAGCACAAAGGUUGCUGUGAAAAUGCUCAAAUCCACUGCCAGGAGGAGUGAGACCCAGGCUCUGAUGUCGGAGCUGAAGAUCAUGAGCCACCUGGGUCCUCACUUGAACAUCGUUAACCUGCUGGGGGCUUGCACCAAGCAGGGGCCACUCUACCUGGUGACGGAGUACUGUCGCUACGGUGACCUGGUGGACUACCUGCACAGGAACAAGCACACCUUCCUGCAGUACUACGCUGAGAAGAGCCAGGAGGACUCUGGGUGUCGGGAGUCUGGAGGGAGCAGUCCAGUCAGCCAGAGGAAAGGCUAUGUGUCGUUUGGCAGCGAGUUUGACGGUGGCUACAUGGACAUGAGUAAGGAUGAGCCCACCGUGUACAUGCCCAUGCAGGAGCAGAAAGACACCGUCAAAUACGCUGACAUCCAGGCCUCUCCGUACGAGUCCCCCUACCAGCAGGACCUCUACCAGGAGCAAGGCCAGAGCAGAGUGGAUGCAGCCCUGGUCCUCAGUGAUUCCCCCACCCUCAGCUUUGAAGACCUUCUGGGGAUCAGCUACCAGGUGGCCCAGGGGAUGGACUUCCUGGCCUCCAAGAACUGUGUUCACCGGGACCUGGCUGCCAGGAACGUUCUGAUCUGUGAGGGCAAGCUGGUGAAGAUAUGUGACUUUGGCCUGGCCAGGGACAUCAUGCACGACUCCAACUACAUCUCAAAGGGCAGCACCUUCCUUCCCCUGAAGUGGAUGGCCCCAGAGAGCAUCUUCCACAACCUUUACACCAGCCUGUCUGACGUCUGGUCCUACGGCAUCCUGCUCUGGGAGAUCUUCACCCUCGGGGGUACCCCUUACCCAGACAUCCCCAUGAACGAGCAAUUCUACAGUGCUCUGAAGAGGGGCUACCGCAUGGCCAAGCCUGCCCACGCAUCAGAACAAGUUUACGAGGUAAUGAAGAAGUGUUGGGAGGAGAAGUUUGAGAAGAGGCCUGAGUUCUCCUUUCUGGUGCAGACCAUGGGGAACAUGCUGACUGACAGCUAUAAAAAGAAAUACUUCCAGGUCAACGACAGCUUUUUCAAGAGCGACCACCCAGCAGUGGCACGGACCAAGACCAGGCCAUCCUCUCCUUUCCCCACCGCCCUCACCCCCACCUCCAUCGGGCCUGACUCCCUCCCCGACCCCACCUUCUUCCCCAACCCCUAUCACAGCCCCAGCUUCUCCAGCCCAGAGGACAGCCUGGACCGGCCUCCCUCCUACAACGACUACAUCAUUCCCAUUCCUGAUCCUAAGCCUGAAGAAGCCGUCCCAGAUGCAGGCUCCUCCACGGAAAGCCCCUCAAGUUCUUUGUCCCUGGAGGAAGAGACAGACUCCAUUUCCCAGCAUACAUCAGACACGUUUCCAGAGGAUGAGAGGCUUGACGCCAACCAGGAAGAUGUACCGCUGAUGCCCUCUGGAACACCAGAAGUAGAGGACAGCUUCCUGUAACCUUCCACACAGAGAUAGGAAAAUAGAACCCAACCCUGGGAAAAGCCCUUCUGCAAUCCUGAAGAGCUGCUCUGAGAGGAGUUUCUAAGUUACGUUCAAUGUUUCUAAAUUACAGUUUGCACUUAACUCUGCACCUUUAGUUGCAAAUCCAAUCAUGAAUUUCACAAUCACAAAUCAGUCAUUUUUUUGAAUGUGGAAUUAGGUGUGCAGUAAGACUACACGUAGGCCUAAUAGUUAUGAUACAUUUGAUUUCGAAGAUUUUUUUUUUUUUUUUUAAAGCUAUCCUUAAUUCAAACAUGGCAUUUCAAUGUAAAUGAUUCCACUGACAUGGUAUUGUGUUAUUCAUAUGUUGUUGAUUUCUUCUUUACUUAUCAAUAUUUUAGCCAGUGCCUAAUUUUUCUGUACGAUCAUAUUUUUGAUAGUGAAGUAGUCUUUGUUGUUGACUUUGAUAAUCUUGUUUUUAUGAUCACUUUACAUUCCAAUGAUGUGAACAAAAUACGGUUCAAAUGUUAACACAAAUAUUCCCUUGCUAAUACGGGUGUUCACCUUUCCAAUCAUAACGCGUUAACCUUUCCAAUCAUAGCGCGUGUUAACCUUUAGCAGUCUCCUUUUGUCAUCAGCCAUAUGUUUUUAUAUUCUAGGAAUCUCAAUGUGAUCAUAAAAGAAAGUACAGAACUUUUACUACUUUAUGGGAUUGGAUUAGAAAAAUACUUAACUAGCUAAACAACAAUUAGCUAAACAUGUCAUAGGCCUACAGUACAUUUGUAACAGCCACACUAUAAGUUCUGCACUUUACAUCAACUUUCACCAGGAAGGGAUGAAGCUUGAAGUUUGAGGUUAUUGAAGGGUGAGGUACAUACAAUCCUUUGUUUGAAUAAAAAAUAUACUAGUGUGGAAACUAGUAGUAGUAAAGAGAAUUAGUAGUAGUAUUAAGAACUAGGACUACAUGUAUAUGGAAGCAUUUCACUGCCUUAUUUUCACACAGGGGUACGGCCAAACGGUACGCCUUUACGUUGUUUGAUUUUGUUACUCAAGUGACUUUGUAUAGAGAAGUAAAGUUUAUAAAACAAUGAAUUACAAAUGAUACGUAUCUCUUAUGAUCUGUAGUAUUUUCUGAUCUGCCCUUCAAUAGAAGGGUUAAUUAGAUGAGGUAUCUUGACAGUAUGCAUACGUUCACAUUGCUCACCACUCAUAUAUUCACAAAAAUAAAUGUGUAUGUAUAUAUUUGUUACAUGAUAUAGCAGACAUUAUGCAGCCAUGGUAACCAUCCUAUACUGUAGAGUAUUUAGGAAUACACAACACUGAGAGUACUUACUCACGCUAAGGUACCAAAGCUUUUAUGUCUUUUACGAAUGUAUUUUUCCAUGCAGUAUUUUGUAUGUUAAUGUGUACAUUAAAUAAAUAUUUGUAGGUGAAUGUU